AUGGCAAAGAAGAGAACACGCCGCGGCGAGGCGGUCGAGCACGCUGCUUCAGUCACACCUACCUCCAUCGCACCUGCCUCUAUCGGGACUGCUUCCGUUGAGCACACUGAUCCGGUCCUACGUCCCUUCAUCGCACUUCCCUCCACCGCACUUCCCUCACCUUCUAAGGGCAACAGCGACGGCGACGGCGACCACGACCAUGAGACCAGCAACAGCGGCUCGUCAACAUAUGCUAUCGCUGGCCAAAACCUUGCAGAUGGUGGCGUUACGCAUGUUUCGACUGACGGCUCCCCUCCGAAGCUGACUAGCGACAUAGAAAGUGAAGAGGACAUUUUUGAGGCUUCCACCGGAGAUCAAAAAGAGAAUCUCCCAUCACACCAAUCCAGCUGGCCACCGGAUCGAAUAAGUUCCUCUUGCUCGACGGAUAUUCUGCUUGCUGCGGUGCGAGCGCUAACUCCUGGUUACUUAGGGAGCAUAGAUCAGGUUACCUUUAAUAAGAAUGGUUGUCGGAUCAUAAAAGAUCCUUCUCUCGUCGCACCCCUAGCUGCGGUCUCCCUCUCUGCCGUUUGCAAGGAGAUGUACACAGAUGUUUCCCUCACACAUAUGUUUUACACGAACAAUGUGUUCGAUUUCACCAGUUAUCGGAGUGAUGUGCUCACUUAUUUGGUUGCGAUUACCCAGCCACGGAGAGAUGCAAUCAAGACAAUUAGCAUGUAUUGGCAUUUCGUGCCAUUUUGGGGACGAAAGCUAUGGGAUAUGCCAGAGAUUUGGACACUGAUUGCUUCAUGCGAGGGUCUUAAGUCUCUUCAGCUCAAUUUCAGCAACUACUACAUGAACCAAUUCUUGACUUCUGGUAGAACUUUAACCCGAGCACUGGCCGGAUUGAAGGAAGCAAAAGUUGCUGUACGCGGCUUGGACCUGGCUUACAAGCUGAUUGUUGACGACUUUCAUGAAGAUUUUCAGCCUAGCCCACCUAUCCCCAAGACAGUUCAAGAUAAAUUUCUGGAGGAUGUUAGUAAUGCCCUUCCCAAGAGUUCAGAUAUGGAGCGCACUGGCACAGCCAAUAACUUGAAGCUCUUGCAAACCGCCAAACCAAAGGCCAAAUUGAAUAUCUAUGGGGAGGGUCGAUUGUCAAAUGACAAGAAGCCUGGACAGGUCUCGAGCCGUACUCGUGGCGGAAUGCAGAAGGUUGAACAUUUGUCGGACAAAGGAACCCUUCCCGAAAGACAGGCUCAUAGGUAUGAUACAGAUGGCUUACUCCUGCGCGAUGUUGUCAAAUGCAUGGAAAAGUGCCGUGUCGUCACUGGAGAGGACGGAGGAGACACGGUAGAAUUUCUUGUCGAAACUCACGAAGUUUCAUCUCCGUUUUGGGAGGAUGCUACGGCGCUCAAUGAUGAUAAUCGUGGUAGGAUCUUGGCUUUCUAUAAGAAGAACCCUGGUAUGCCGGGGAAGAGCAUCGUGCUCCGUAUCUGGAAGGAGUUCAAGCCGGCUUGCGUCGACGGGGAAUACCAUUCAAAACCUGCAAGAAGCUUGAGACGCGCUAAAGCUUACGACGAGAAAGCCCUGAUCGCUCUCAUUGAGAAGGAGGCCAACAAGGAAAAGGAUGCGGAGGAAGCUGAGAAGGCGGAGGACGAAAUCUUCGAUAUCCCACUGCCAUCGGCGAAGCGAGUGAAGAAGAACUGA